UGCUUCUUCCUUUUUCCACGAUCAUAAUUACACAUUUGUGAUUUUCUCUUCUAGAUCUUCAGAUCUAUUCAAUCUCAGCUUAGAUUUUAACAUUUCUCAGUUAGUGGAGUCCAAUUUACACAUCUUGUGAUUCUCUGUUUCUAGAUCUACAAAUCUAUUCAAUCUCAGCUCAGUUCUUCAUAUCUCUCAGGUAACAAUUCUCAUACUAAUUUACAUCUAUGCUUUUAUUUGUUUGUUUAGAAUUUGACAUGAUCUUCCUAAUAUUACAACAAGGCUUCCGGAAAUGAAAGUUUUAAUUUCUUGUACUUGAAAAAUGAAGGAAAUUUUGAAUUAUAAUCUUGCUUGUAGAUUGCUAGCGUUUCCUCUUUUACUUAUAGCAUCAUGGUCACAUAUUCAACAUAUAUUGGAUUUCUACUUUGUUCAUUACUUGCAAAUUUAUUUUCAGACUGGAUAAAUGAUUGCUAGAAAAAUGAGAUUGUAGCUUUUUUUCUCAUCAAAUAAUUCUUGUUUUUGGUUUAAUUUUUCUCUGGGAAGAUCGAAGGUGGAGAAAAUGUUAAGCCGGAUUUUCGAGUCAUUUUUGUCAAAGGUGGUGGAACUAAUUGCAGAUAAUGCACACAAUAAUGUGAAGAGUAUAAAGGAAUUUGAGCUUAAUCUAAAAGUUCUGCAGAAAAAGUUGAAAUCAUUGGGUGCUAAGGCAUCUGAUGUUGAGGAGGAAAUCAAGAACUCGGAGCUUUCUGGUCGAAAGAAGAGGAAACGUGAAGUUGAGGAAUGGUUGGAAGAAGUCAGGUCCAUUGAAAAGCAAGUUGUAGAGUUGGGCACUCAAGUGGAAUCUGAAGGAUUUAUUAUGAGAUUGAUGGAUGGAGGGUUGCCAGCUAAACUAAUUGAAGAGGUUGACACACUUGUUGAGCAAAGUCGGAAUUUUGGUGAACUUGUCCUUGAUAUUUGUGGAAGUGGGGGAGAUAAGUUAUUGACAAAUGGGAUGGUUGGUCAAGCUUUUCAUGAAAAUUUGGAAAUGGUUUUGAAACUUUUGGAGAGUGGGGAAGUGUCGAGCAUUGGUGUUUAUGGUAUGGGUGGUGUGGGAAAAACGACACUGGCAAAGCACAUUCACAAUCGACUCCUCCAACAUUCUCAGGGACGUGUGAUUUGGGUUACAGUCUCUCAAGAAUUUAGUGUUAUGACUUUACAAGAUAAGAUUGCUCAUUUUAUAGGUGUGGACCUUGUGGGUGUGGAUAAUGAAGACAUAAGGGCGUCGAGACUACAUAAAACUUUGUCUCAGAUGAAGAAUUCAGUGCUGAUAUUAGAUGAUGUCUGGGAAAAUAUUGAUCUAUUAAAGGUUGGAUGUCUAGUUUCUGUCGAGUGUUGUAGGCUUAUUAUAACUACUCGCUCCUUAGAAGUGUGUCGUCAAAUCUGUUGCCAAAAAAGGAUUCAAGUGAGUAAACUAAAUCAUCAUGAGGCAUGGGAAUUGUUCAAGGAAACUCUAAGAAAUGAGAUAGAACUUGAUUCUUCGGCAGAAGAAAUUGCCAGAUCUGUGGCAAAAUUGUGUGGUGGUCUGCCCCUAGCAAUUGUUACGGUGGCUGGAAGCAUGAGGGGCGAGAGAGACAUUCAUACAUGGAGAAAUGCUUAUGUAGAACUAACAGAACGUGUCUCAGGGAAUGAUGGCAUGGGAGAUGGUGAUGUUUAUAAAGUAUUGAAAUAUAGUUUUGAUCGGUUGAAUAGGAAUCAUCAUAGCCAGGGUAAUGAGUUCAAUACAUUGCAACAUUGUUUCCUGCAUUGUGCGUUGCAUCCUGAAGAUAAACAAAUGAGCAGAAAGCGUUUGAUCAGAGAGUUCAUUUCGGGAGGCUUGAUGGAUGAAAGAAAGGCGAGAGCGCAAGUUGUGCAAGGAUAUUCCAUAUUGAAUAAAUUAGUGAAUGUGUGCCUACUGGAAAGUUGUGCUGAUCUCAGUAGGUUUGAUCCUACGGAACGUGUGAAGAUGCAUGAUCUUGUAAGAAGUAUGGCAUUGAAGAUAUGUGAGGGGAAAUAUAUGGUAAGAGCAGGUAAUCGGUCUUUGAAGGAAAUUCCCAAAGAAGCAGAAUGGGCAAAGGAUCUGGAGAAGGUGUCCUUAAUGGAAAGUGGCAUAAGGAGAAUUGAAGAAGGAAUGUCUCCCGAUUGUCCUAAGCUCUCAACAUUGCUCCUACGGGAUAAUAUUUGGUUGGAGUUUAUUCCGGAUUCAUUCUUUUCUAAAAUGCAAGGACUAUGCACUCUUGAUUUGAGCUGGACUAACAUAACAAAGGUGCCAAACUCAAUCUGUGCCAUGAAGAGCCUCAAGGCAUUGCUCCUUGUGGGGUGUGGUAAGCUGGAAAUUGUUCCUUACUUGGGAGAGAUGAAAGAACUAAGGGAUUUAAACCUCUCAUUUACAGCCAUCAAGGAAGUCCCUCAAGGUGUUGGGGAAUUAUUCAAUCUCAAAUUACUCGCAUUGGAUGUGCGUAAACUGAAGAUGCUUCCAAGAGGAUUGUUUCAUAAACUUGGGAAUCUUCAGCACUUAGAAUUACCAUUCCAUAUGCAAGUAGUGAUUGAUGAAAUUGAGAAUCUGAAACUGCUAGAGGAGUUUAGUGGAAGAGUGAAAAAUGUGAAUGAAUUUAAUUCUUUUAUAACAAGUUGGGAGAGUCGGAUGCAUGACACUUGCUACACAAUAGGAGUGGGAUCAUAUCAUGUAAGUUUAUAUCCGUAUGAAGGAAAAGGAAUAUGUCGUAAAAAAGAAUUGAUCCUGUCCGAAUGCAACCUUGAAGAUAAGAGAGUAUUUGCGGAGGGAAUUUUGCACCUAACAAUCAGUAAAUGUGAAUGUGUGGGUCCGAGCAUAUACUCUGUGGAUGGAUUGAAGACAUUGAGAAUUGGAAGUUGUGGAGGAAUAGAGUACAUUUGGAGGAGUGAGGCAGGAUUAUCAUCUCAAAUAUCUACUCUUGAAGAAAUUGAACUGGUUGAAUUGGAUGAUAUGAACGGGUUGAUCGAAAAGGGGGAAAUAGGAGCAUCAGCUGCACCUGCACAGCCUGUGUUUUCCUCUUUGACAGAGCUAAGAAUUGAAAAAUGUAACAAGAUGAGGAUACCACUAUCUGGAGUUCCCAACCUUGAAGUUAUUCGUAUCAGCGAGUGUGAAGAAAUAGAAGAGAUAUUUGAAGAUGAAGGAACAAGUUCCCUCACCCUCCCUAAAUUAAAAUAUCUAGUGUUACAUGAGCUGCCAAGACUGAGGAAGGUGGGGAUACUAUCAGGAGUUCCCAACCUUGAAUGGAUUUCUGUGACAGAGUGUGGAGAAAUAGAAGAUGUGUUUGAUGAUGAAGGAAGUCGUAGCCUAACCCUGCCCAAAUUAAGACAGUUGGACUUGUAUGAGCUUCCGAAACUGAAGGGCCUAUGCAAGGGAACAGCGGCCAUCAUUUGCAACUCCAUUGAACUUAUCUUAGUAACAAAGUGCCCAAGAUUGAUGAACAAACUUCCUGUGGAUGUAGAUUUGGCUGUGCCUCGACACUGUAAGAUAAAGUUGAACCCAGAAUUGUGGGAAUCAUUGAUGUCGGACGAUCCCAACCUCUCUUGUUUCUUCUCUGAAGGCUGAUCAAAUUUUUUGUGUAAUAAUGCACAGAUUUUGGUGCAAAUGUUUUGUAAUAACAAGAUGCAUACCCUUUGCUUAUGCAUCAGCACACCCAUGUUUCCACAAGUUCAGAAAUUGAUGAUAGACUGACUUACUUCUAUCAGAAAACCAAUACUAUCACUAUCAUCAAACAAGAAAAUUGAGGGAGUAAUUACCCCAUUCAUAUAAAUUAUUUCUUCGCUGUUUGCUAUUGUUAUAAAAAAGUGUGAAGUUUGCAACGGGUUUCA